UUAAGGAAUGGGAGGCAACCAAUCAUGGGUCACAGAAUUCAUCCUGGUGGGAUUCCAGCUCAGUGCGGAGAGGGAACUGCUCCUCUUCUGGAUCUUCUCCCUGUUAUAUAUUUUCAGCCUGAUGGCAAAUGGCAUAAUCUUGGGACUCAUCUGUCUAGACCCCAGUCUGCACACCCCCAUGUACUUCUUCCUCUCACACCUGGCCAUUAUCAACCUGUCCUAUGCUUCCAACAAUGUUCCCAAGAUGUUGACAAAUCUGCUGAACAAGAAAAGAACCAUCUCUUUUGUUUCAUGCAUACUGCAGACAUUCUUGUAUUUGGCUUUUGCUGCUACUGAGUGCUUGAUUUUGGUGGUGAUGUCCUAUGAUAGGUAUGUGGCCAUCUGCCACCCUCUCCAGUACACUGUCAUUAUGACCUGGAGAGUGUGCGCGAUCCUGGCUCUCAUGUCCUGGUCAUGUGGGCUUGCCCUCUCCCUGGUACAUGCAAUUCUCCUUCUAAGGUUGCCCUUCUGUGGGCCCCGGGAUGUGAACCACCUCUUUUGUGAAAUUCUAUCUAUUCUCAAGCUGGCCUGUGCUGACACCUGGGUUAACCAAGUGGUCAUAUUUGCUGCCUGUAUGUUUGUCUUGGUAGGGCCUCUUUGUCUGAUGCUGAUCUCCUACAUGCACAUCCUCUGGGCCAUCCUGAAGAUCCAGGCAAAGGAAGGUCGCAGAAAGGCCUUCUCCACCUGCUCCUCCCACCUGUGUGUGGUUGGACUCUUCUUUGGCAUAGCCAUGGUGGUCUAUAUGGUCCCAGACUCUAAUCAACGAGAGGAGCAGGAGAAAAUGCUGUCCCUGUUUCACAGUCUCUUUAACCCAGUGUUGAACCCCUUGAUCUACAGCCUGAGGAAUGCUCAGGUGAAGGGCGCCCUCCACAGAGCACUGCAGAGAAUGAGGUCUAUGUAAGGAGUGGACAGAGUGUUAGUUGGAUAGGACUUUGCUUUUAAACCUAUGGUUUGCUGAAG